UAGAUAGAAAUGUAUCAAUAUAAAUACAACUAGACUAGUAGGCUUCCUAGCACCCACACUUGUAGAUUGUUGAUAUAAAGAGGCGUGUUAAUGACUAACACAUAUUUUAGGAGCCUGUCUUACCACUGAGUAUCACAUUCUUUCUUUCUUUUGUUUCUGGUUUCACUUCAGUUUAUCUACCACUCUAUAGCCAAGAGGAGCCUUCCAGCUCUUCUGUUAAAACUAUUCAGGUUACUGAGAUUAAUUUAUCAGGAUGGCUUCAGUGGUCUCUGAAUUCAUCACCAAGACCCUCUGCGACAACCAGGGCUGCCUGAACUUCAGGAGCCUGGAUGAGAAGAUAAAACAGAAGUACACUGUAUCAGAAGAGGUCCUGAGGAGCCUCCUCUUCGACAAAGAUAAAAUAGCCAUCAAAGAAGUCAAGCAGACAGUAACAGGCAGUCAGAUACUCAGUCCUGAUAGUCUGAUAGUGGCUAAAACUGGUCUGCGUCUCUGUCAGGAGAAACCCGGAGAAUGCUCACAGUGCGAUGGGUUACACCUGUGCAGGUACUAUGUUUGUGGAGGAUGCACAUAUGGACCAAAGUGUAAAAAGAACCACAGCCUGACUUUUGAAAACAACGCAGAGCUUUUGAAGAAACAUGGUCUUCAGGAUCUGACUGAUGAACAGCUGUUCCAGCUGUUACUGCAGAAUGAUCCCUCUCUGCUUCCAGAGAUCUGCCCAUUUUACAACAAGGGUAAUGGUUUGCACGGUUCCUGCAAGAAGACGACGUCCUGCAACAAGCUCCACGCCUGCCAGCACUUUUUCCAGGACAACUGUAAGUUUGGCUCCUCCUGUAAGAGAGUCCAUAAUGUCAGUGAGUGUGACAUGAAGAUUCUCAGAGGAUUCAGUCAGGAGAAUAUUACGAACCUUAAUGAGAUCUACAAAAAUAAGUUCAUCAUCAUCAUGGCUCAACAGGAGAAGCAAGCUGCUGCUGAUGCAGAGGUUAAAGGCCCUCUCCAGAAGCCCUCCCAAAGCAACCCUGGAUCCUCUGGUUGUCUUUCUAAACCUGUGAGUGAUGCUGACAAGAAUGAAAUCUGCCUCUUCUUCCUCCGUGGGGACUGCAGAUACAAAGAGAAGUGUGCUCGUGACCACUGGAACCUACCUUAUAGGUGGCAGGUGUUAGGCAGUGACGGAGUGACCUGGAAGGACCUGCCUGACAUGGAGGACAUCGAGAAGGCCUACUGUGACCCAGGACGUGACACAAGCUGCGUUGAUCAACCCACACACACAUUGGGCACUUUCAGAUUUCUGUCACUUCGAGGCAGCACAUCGCCAAAGGAGCCGCCAGUUGACUUCACGACCAUGACACAGGGAGGGUCUCCUGUUCGUCGCCUCUCUACUGUCUCCACUGCCCUGAGGCCUCCUCACUUUAUUCUUACAACACAGUGGCUGUGGUACUGGAAGGUUGACGAUGUAGAGUGGCGGGAGUUUGGACAGGGUGUAGCUGACACAUCAGCUUCCGUCACCUCUCAAACUCUGGAGAACGUUUUCCUGGAAGACAGUGAUACAGAGAUUCCAUUUGAUGCAGAUGGACAGAAGUAUAUUCUCAACUUCAAAGGUGAACCAGGAGACCAUCAGAUGUAUCAGCAAAAUGUACAAUACAAAACAAAGAGAGAGGUCAGACGGAGGCCUCACUUUGUGUCUGCUCAGGAUGUGGAGAAGGAGCUUAAGAGCGAGUCAGCACAAUGCUCCUCCACAGCUGAGAGUGUCCCACCCGUCUGGGAUAAGAAUGCAUUACCAAAUUUUGGGUAUAAGCUCGUGCCCCUCACUGACGGUGAGGACUACAACAUGAUUGAAAUGUUGUUUAUGCGCACCAUGCCCAAGAGUAAAAUUCACAAAAUCCGGAGGAUCCAGAACCCUUCUCUGUGGAGAGUGUUUCAAUGGCAAAAAGAGCAAAUGAAGGGGAGGAAUGGAGGGAAACCUGUGAAUCAGCUGUACUUGUUCCACGGGACUAGACAGUCGCUGAUUGAUGCCAUCUGUGACCAAAACUUCGACUGGAGGAUGUGUGGUGUAAAUGGCACUCUCUAUGGCAAAGGGAGCUACUUUGCCAGAGAUGCAUCCUACUCAGACAGGUAUGUCCCCUACUCGGACAAAGAUACCCCGGACUCUGACUUGGAUGAAAAUACAACAGUCAACAGACAGCCGGUGAAGACCAUGUUUGUUGCUCUGGUCCUGGUGGGGGAGUACACCCAGGGGAACAGCAGCUAUGUCCGACCUCCGCCAAAAGAAGACAGCAAAACCCACUACGACAGCUGUGUCGACAGGGAGAGCGAUCCGAGCAUCUAUGUUGUCUUUGAAAAACAACAGAUUUAUCCCGAGUACCUCAUCACUUACUCAUAAAGCUGUUCCUUACCUGAAAACACUCUCUUAUGAGAUGUUUUUAGUGUAACUGGAAGAAGCUAGUGGCUCUGCUAACAGUUACAGACUUAGUCUAGUUGAAUGUUAUUAGCUGCAGUAGCAUUUUGAAUGCAGGGUUGUUGUUUUUCUAUAUGUAAUGUGGUACACUGUAGCAUUUACACUUGUAAAAAAAAAAAAAAGGGAAAAUGUUAACUUUUUUUU